AUGGAGGCCCCGGAGGCGGCACCCGCUCAGGCUGAGGACGCGGAGCCGGCGCCCUGGGCGCACCUAGAGGCCCCCGCCCGCCUCCUGCUGCAGACACUGCAGGCGGGGCCCGACGGGGCGCGGCGCGGCUUGGGGGUGCUGCGGGCUCUGAGCGGCCGCGGCGGGGAGCCCUUCGGCUGGGACCGCGUCUUCGAGGCGCUGUGCCGGGAGGAGCCAGUCGUGGAGGGCCCGGACUGUCGCCUGGAGCUGAAACCACUGCUGCUGCGAUUGCCCCCAUUAUGCCAGAGGAACCUGAUGUCCCUACUGAUGGCUGUUUGGCCGUCGCUGCCUGAAAGCAGUCUCCACCCUGUGCUGCAGAUUGUGCAGCAGGAUCCAAGCCCCGACCCUGAUCCCUGGCUCCGGGCCCUUGGGGAAUUUCUGCGAAGGGAUCUGGGUGUUGGGGUUUCCACUGAGGGAGCGUCCCCACUGUCUAAAAGGUGCCAGAGACAGCUCCGAGGCCUGUGUAGGCAGCUGGGCCAAGGGGGCAGGAAGUUGAAGUUGCCCCAGGCUCCAGAUCCCAAAGGGACAGAACAGGAGGAGGACAAGGACUCCCAGCGGCCUGGGAAACGCAGAAAGGAAGCGGAGGAAGAGCCUGCCAGUCCUGAGGGGGAGAGGGCCCCCAAAAGGCUCCGGUGUUUGGAAAAGGAAGAAGAAGAAAGUCAUGAGGAAAACAGACCUGAACAUGAAUCUUUGGAAUCCCUGGCCAAUGGAGGAGGUGCAUCGUCCAUUAAGAACCAGCCUGUUUUGGGGGCUAAGCCCAGUGAGGCUGGUCAGAGUCUAGAGGAUGCUAAGGGCCUACCUGAGAGUUUGGAGUUGCCCAGAGCUAUCCAGGAACAAGUUCCCAGGCUGCAGCAGCUGCUCAAGACCCUCGGGAAGGGGUUGGAAAGGCUGGAGGGCACCCCACCAGUUGAGCUGCAGCUUCUCCACGAAUGCAGUCCUGGCCAGGUGGACCUGGUGUGUGCCCAGCUGCAGCUCCCGCAGCUCUCGGACACAGGUCUCCUGCAGCUCUGCACCUGGCUGCUGGCCCUUUCACCAGACCUCAGCCUCAGCAAUGCUACUGUGCUGACCAGGAGCCUCUUCCUUGGACGGAUUCUCUCCCUGACUUCCUCAGCCUCCCGCUUGCUCACAACUGCCCUGACCUCCUUCUGUACUAAGUACACCUAUGCCGUCUGCAGAGCCCUCCUUGGCCCUGUGCUCCAAGCCCCAGGAACAGGUCCAGCUCAAACAGAGUUACUGUGUUGCCUUACAAAGGACGAGGCCCUGGAGCCGGACAUGCAGGCUCUAAUGCUGGGACAGAUCUUGGAGCUGCCCUGGAAGGAAGAGACUUUCUUGGUGUUGCAGUCACUCCUGGAGCGGCAGGUGGAGAUGCCCUCUGAGAAGUUCAGUGUGUUGAUGGAGAAACUCUGUAAAGAGGGGCCAGCAGCCACCACGUCCAUGGCCUAUGCCAAGCUCACGCUGACAGUGGUAACCAAGUAUCGGGCCAAUAUCAGUGAGCCCCAGAGGCUAGGCCUGGCUGCAGCUCUGGAGCUCAAUACCACUUUCCUGAAGAAGUCCCUGCAGGCUGCCCUGAGACAUCUGGCCCCCUGA